AUGGAACGAAACCUCUCAGCAUGGGCAAUGUCAAUGGAGCCCGCCGACCAAGAUUGCGAAUCAGAUGGUCAACAGGAACAGAGUACCACAUCCAAGUUUCCGGUGCGCAGGAGGGAGGACGUACCGAGCUCACCCAUCAUCUUGAAAAAUAACAGUCGGCUGAAGAAUGGUCAACAGCCCACUGCUGGAAGUGAAUCUUCGAUUGGGAAGAUUGCUUCAACGAACCAGCCCAGCACAGGAUGGGAUACCUCAGUGGUUCGGACAUCGUCACCGAUAGAUAUCAGCGCAGUGGAGGAAGAAAACCAGGCAGAAUUCAAGGAUACCCCUUGGACGAUUGCCCGUCGACUUGCACGGACGAACAAGCGGAAAGUGAGCAAUGGCCGGCCCAGAAUCCGGCCCCAGUUUACUAUCAAGCUGCCCCCAGCAGACCAGCCGGAACGCCCCAGAAUCACCCUCCAGCCUGAUUCACACACCCUGCAUUCUCAUCCGGCCUUUGGCCAAACUCCUAGACGCGACCGUGCUGUCCAACCAAACACGAAGGGUUCGCCGGACCAACCCUGGGCCAAUCAGGGACAGCCUGACUGUCCCAGUCCCCAUCAAGAAGAGCUAAUAGAUCCCGGCUAUCAAACGGCAUAUCCUCCGAAGAAAUUAUUCACCAUCCCGACAUCAGAUCCUCCACCCGGAACCCUUCCACACAGCUCUCCGCCCAUACACUAUCAACAAAGAGAAGCCAGCUCCUAUCCGCCGGGUCCAGAUCGGACCGAUGAAGAGCAGCUCUUCCCGCCGACCUCUCAACCCGUCAGCCAAUCCGAAGAUACCCAGAGCCCUUGGGCUCUUGGUGACCCGGAGGAGGAGGAGCCGGACACUUGGAGACAAGCCUCUCCGCGCUGGCCCUUACUCGACCAGUUCAAUCACACCCCUUUGCCUGAUUAUCCCUCCGAAAACGGCACCGAUUACACCGGGAUUGAGAAUACCACUAGUGCAAUCGAACACCUCCCGGGCUUUUCCACUCCAAUUCAAGAGGACGAGCGAUUCGCGGAAGAUUCGUUCGAUAGCUAUUACAGAGCGACUGGUUUAGAGGAAGAGAGGUUUGACGAGCGGGAGAGCUACGAGUAUGACGAGGCGAGGUAUGUCGAUUGUCGCUAUGAUCCUGAAUCAAGUCACUUGGCGGAGACGAGGGGUCUUGAUAACGGUGGAUACGAACCCGACUCGAUGGAUUAUUAUCCUGCGGAAGAAGAGUUUGGCCGAGCUAUGGACGAAGAGGCGUGGGACGACGACGCAUUCGACUACCAGGCCGGCGGGAGAGGGCGGGCUGGUAGUGGCAGGUUGGCGCGAUACUCACAAGGAGGCUCGACCAUGCCGGAGCUUCAGACAGACAGCCUGCCGGCCGCAGAGUGGGAACGGGACGAGCGGAGGAGAGGUCUCGGCCGAAGGCCUUCGGCGAAGGUCGGCACCCUAUCCCGGUACACCAGACGGACACCAUACCGGGCCCCGGCCUAUGCCCGGGGCUCUUCCAGUGCCCGGACUCCUGCCGAGGUGUAUCACUACAAGACCCCGGGCCUCAAACCUAAACAGACUUUCCAUGAGACCAUCUCCUCGUUCAAAUACCAAACCACCCGUCCCCGUCCUCCGCUUCCGGUGCAUCACCCGUUGCCCAUAAGGCCCGUCAAGCUCUCGUGUGUGUACGAGCCGGCACCAGCAGAUACGCAAGACAACACUAGUUGUCGGUACGAUGACGAUGUCGAUGACGAUGGGGAUCAGUUAGUGGUCCCAACGAUCCGGUCCAGAGCCAUCAAAACGUCCUCUUCAAGGGCCUCCGGAUCGUCCAAGCCGACUCCCCGAUCUCAUCCUGGACCGCGUGUAGAGCCUGACCAAUCAGUCGCGCGACACAGAUCUAUGGACCAGAGAGAAUUGAAGCGAAAGGCUGACGGAAAAGCGCGUGCCGGCCACCCUCGACGGCCGCGCUCGCGCUCGCAAACCAUUACUGUUAUGAGCCCGCAGUUCCCGCGUGAUCGCCCUCGACACCCCUUGUCCACGCGGCGAGAAACUGGCGCAAGUGUCUCCGCUGGCGCCACGCUCCGGGGAUCGCCGACGGACGAGGAAAGCAGCGGGUCGGCAAGCGUCGAGGUGCUCGCGCCGGCCGCGCAGACGGGCUCUUCUGGCCCAACCUCUCGACGGGGGACGGACGGCCAGCGGGGCCCGAGGGCCGCCGGGCAAGGCAGGAAAGAGGCCGGACACAGGUCGGUGGAGUCCGUCCGAGACCGGCCGCGCGGUGCCUCGUCGACAUCCCGCAACCCUCUUCCUCUCAUCCCCCCGUCUCCACCCCCCACCCGCUCCGAGUCCAGACCGUCCAAGACCGUCUUCCUGAAGUACGACUUCGACUCGCUCUCUGUCGAGCGGUGUCGUGCUCUUCGAGAGGUCUUGGAGGAACAGGUGGAUGCAAGAAGGAUUUGGUGGGACUGUCCGGGAUUCGCAUCUCCUUUUUGA